UUGCUCCUGACUGGAAGUGAGGAGAGCGCACUGCCACUUGGAACUAAUACCACCUUUUGUUUUUUUUUUAGAGUUUUUCUGAUCCAUUCUGUGACCCCAGCUUUUCUCUUUUCAGUUUAAUAGCAUUAGUUUUGCCUUCACACAUGACAUAAUGGGACAUGAGGAGAUGCCUGCAGAGAAGCUUUCAGUGCUUUGAGUCAGGCCAUCCAAGCAGCUGCUGUACUCGUGUCUGUGGAUGAAGAUGGAGCGCACGGUACUGUGGGUCCUCCAGACUCUCUUGGUGCUGCUGCCUCCUGUGGUUUCUGCACCCUGCCCCCGACCCUGCUUCUGCCCUCAGCCCGCAGAGCUUCACUGCACAUUUCGCUCCCUUCUCACUAUCCCAGCAGCUGUACCCAAGCAUGUAAAGCGGAUAAACUUGGGGUACAACAGCAUUAAUAAGAUAGGUAACACCUCACUGUCCAGGCUGGGGAAGCUGGAGCUGCUCAUGGUCCAUGGGAACAACAUUCACACCCUGCCUGAUGGAACAUUCAGAGACUUGGUAUCACUUCAGAUGCUGAAGAUUAGCUACAACAAGCUGAAGGAAAUCAACAGGCACACACUCCAGGGGCUGUGGUCUUUGGCCAGGUUGCAUUUGGAUCACAACCAGUUAGAACUCAUCCAUCCAGACUCCUUCCAGGGACUCACCUCCCUACGCUUUUUGCAGUUGGAAGGAAACCAGCUUCAACAACUCCAUCCUGCCACAUUUAGCACCUUCACAUUCAUGGGCCAGUUCUACAUCUCCACCCUGCGACACCUCUACCUAUCUGACAAUGUGCUGACCUCACUGCCUUCCCAGCUGGUAGAGACAAUGCCACAGCUUGAGAACCUGUACCUGCAUGAGAACCCCUGGACCUGUGACUGCAGCAUAAGCUGGUUCCAUGACUGGGAACAAACUUCACCAGGGGUUCUGAAAUGUAAAAAGGACAGAGCACUCGCAGGUGGCCAGUUGUGUCCAAUAUGCUCUUCUCCCAGACAUAUGAAGACAAUUAAGCUCCAUGCUGCUCAACCUCUGGUUUGCAGCAGCCCUGUCAUCAACUCCCUUCAUAGAACUACAUCACCAGAAGAUUCUGAGAGUGAGACAUUGACCUCAGAGGACUUUAGGGGCCCAAUUGGUACCAUAUCUCUAGGCCUCUCUGAUGAUCAUGGGAAUGAAUUAGAUCUUCAGUGCAGUGUUGACAAGCUUAAAGAACUUACCAAGAUCAGCUGGGAGCAGGUCAACAAGCUUCAGCUGGUUGCAAAUAUCACCUUCUCAGUGGACAUUUGGUUGACAUUUGUUGACAGAGAAAAACAUGAGCAGCUGUGGAAAGUGAUUGCAUACUACAGUAAUGUUCCAGCCCAUUUAGAACGGGGAGUCACUCUAAGGAAAGAUCCUUACCCAGCAUAUGUGUAUAAGCAGGACUCUGUGCAGGACGCCCAGUAUUACACGGGUCUUAAAGUCAAAAUGUUGGCUCAGCCCGCAUGGCUGAUGCAGACAUCUGUAGAACUGCAACUGAACCGACCUCAGUCAUCGACCAGAAUGGUAAAUUUAAUUCUGAGGACGAACCUCUCAGAGACAAUGGACACUGAGCUGCAGCAAAGACUCAGAAGGUCCUGGGUUAUGAUCGAGUCAGCAAACAGGACACAUAAAGUUAUGGUUGUGGUCCUUGGAAGUCCAAAUGAAAUGCUCUGUAACUUGCACAGUUCUGACCAGCCAGUAGUCCAAUGGAUGCUGCCAGAUGGCUCCAAACUGAACAGCCCUUAUAGAAGUCCUGAAAACAGAGUUUCUGUUUCUUGAGAUGGAAGGUUGAAAAUGAAAGCAGUCACUCACACAGACACAGGAAUUUACUACUGCAUCGCCAAUGUUCAUGAAGAUUUUGCUGUGCUUUCCUUUUAUCUAACCAUCCAGGAAUCCUCUAGAUCUCCCCCAAGGGAGGACAUAUCUAUUACAUCAAUGGAGGAAUUUGCAGGAAACCCAAUUUCUCUGGGCUGCUCAACAUCCGGCUCCCCUGAUGCUGAAAUACACUGGAUUCUACCAAGCAGCAGAAUAGUUAAUUUGCAAGCUACUUCUUCCAAAACAUUGGUGUAUUUUAAUGGUACUCUUCAUAUCCCACGGACUCAGGUGUCAGACAGUGGUUAUUACAAAUGUGUAGCUAUCAAUCAACAUGGUGUAGACACCGUAGUUAAAAAAGUUAUUAUAGUAAGGUCCAAUGGCCUAAUUAGACCUUUCCGCAAGUCUCCAGCAACGCCUCAGUCAGCUUCAGGAGUUAACACUCAGAUCAAUGUCCCCACAGACAAUACAGAAGAAGCAUCAGGUGACAUCGAUAGAUCUACAAUACGCCACCGCAUCAGCGGUGUUAGACAAAAAAUCCCAGGGAGUCUAGCUCCAGAAAGAAGAGGUGUUCAUCCAUCCAGGAGCACCUGGCAAAGACCACAUGUGCUCCAGAAACCAAAUGGGUCUGACACUGGAAACCAGAAAAUUUUAGUUGAGAAGAGGAGGAUGAAUCUGUCCAAAAACAAAAUUGACCCGAAGAAAUGGGCAAACCGUCUGGCGAAGAUUAGAGACCGGAAUACUGUGACCUCACUUCCUUUUUCAUUUCCAACAAAUAUGAAAACAACAGAAUUGACAACAAAGUCAUGGGAAACACCUGACAAGUCAUCAGAUGGCCUGACUGUAGAUGAAAGAGAGGGUCAGCAUUACUCCAUGUCUUACAGCCCUGAACAACAUACACAACUGCAAAUCAAUACAUACAGUACUCAUGGUCAAUACAAUCAUGUGACACCUAAAAGCUACACUGAAUAUAGGACACAUGAUGCAAUCACUAACAGCAGACACACUACAGAACCCCAACCAACAGAAAGUGCAUACACUGCACGGCACACAACCCAUGACCCAUGGAACCAAAUUACAAUUUUAAACAGUAGAUUUUUCUUCCCCCAGACCAAAUCUGUUCCAACGCAUGCUAUCACUGUCGGGCAGCCCAGUGCACACCCUAUGAACAGCAGCAGCACAUUUUCUCUUCCAGAGUACCAAAGCACAGAUAGGACUGCUAAUAAGGUCCAAACAGUUGAUCUGUCUGAGGGGCUGCAGAGCAGUAAGGGUAGGAACAAACCAAGUGAUGUCAGUAGCUCCAUAAAUCAUAGAAAACCCUUCUUUAUAGAUAGUCAGAUCACUCCUUCAGUCAAUCCAAAUCACUCUGCAACAAGUCAAGAAAGAAAUAGAAACUAUUUGAGUGAGACCCCAACUCUGUCACAGUUUCAACCUGAUCGAAAAGACAAAAUGCUCGGUGAUUUGCAUUCUGAAGUUGUGGUGACGACAGGAUUUCCAAUAGCUACUUUCCAGUUCUCUGCUAAAACAAAGAUGGAUUCUACAAGACAGCCAAACUCACGCCUUCGACAAGUUAACUCUAAAAGAAGGAACAGUGUCCGGAGAAGGCCGAACAGAAAGAAACAAAAGCUAAAUACACCCAGCAACUUUAUUACCACCACAACUGUGAAUCCUCCCCUACCUAAAGCAAGGACCUCUCAUUCAAAAGAGUUAAACACGAAAGGAUCAGGAGUUACUGUCCUUUUAAGUACCACUGCUCCAUUCAUAAAGAGCCAAGUGAUGUCAUCAGGCAAACUGAGUCAAACAGAAAGCACAGUCCUUAGGCAGAACCACGAGGCACUCAAAAAGCUUUCCUCACAACCAGCCUCUUCUUUUGAAACAAAGGACAGCCAUCUACACAUGCAUAGACCAUCAUGGCAAAGCACUUUAGAUGCACCAUCAUUUCCAACAACUUCUCCAGGCUUGGCUCAUAGAUAUACCACUCCUCAUAGCAUUCUGAGAGUCUCAGAAAGUGCAUUUCCUACUGGGAAUUCAGAGAUUCUCACAUCAAUCCCUCAGAAGAGGUUUGCAGACAGUCCUCCUCCACCUGGUGAACAUGUCAAGAAUGUCAAGAAUCAAAAACCUGACCAUCAGCAGACUUUUACUGAGGAGGUUAGAAAUAUGCCUUGGAAAGAGACUGGAUUGGAUCCUUCACUGCAUCCCUCCCAUUUUACCUUCACUACUUCAUCCAUUGAGGGUGGAAACAAGGCAGUCUCUGAAGAAAAAUUCAAUGAACCAAGGAUGAUUUUUGAGGUCACUACAGAGAUUCCCACAGCAUCAGAAAAUGUGAACCAUAGCUCUGAUCAAAAUGAGUUAAUAAACAUUGACUCAAAGCUUAAAGAAAAUCAGAAAAAAAACCUAAAUGCUGGGGCUGAUGCUCCCCUUAUGAACAAUUUAAAAAUAACACGUGUCUCAGUUACCUCAUCGUUGCCUCAUGUUACUUCUUCUAGAGUGGCUUCUCGUAUGUCAAAACUCAGAAUACCUUUCUCAAAACCUCUAAUAAAGCCUUUACCAACACCCACCACUCAAUAUACCAGAAUCACAGUCAGUGCCAGCCAGGACCAACAAAUAAAACUCAUCACUGCCACCUCAGAGCCAAGCAGAUCAUUAAACUUUCAUCCUACAAUAGUUCCACUUAAUCACAAACUAGCUAACAUAAGUCCAACCUCUCAGGCUUACACCUCUAUCCAAAUACCCACUGAGGUCUCAUCCAAGCCAUUCCAACAGACACUGUCACCAUCUACUAUGGAUAUGUCCACAAAGCACCAGCUACCUAAGCAUGCAUCUAUUCAAACAGGGAAGCCAAGGAUAACAAUGACCCAUACCCAGACAAUCACUGUGAAAGCAGAAACAGAUGCUAAGCUUCCAUGUGAGGCUGAAGGUCAGCCAGUGCCUUUCCUGUCUUGGACUAAAAUUUCCAACGGAGUAAGUAUUGCCAGAAACAUGAAGGUGCAGAGAUUUGAGGUCCACCAUAAUGGAACUUUAAUCAUCAGAAACUCACAACUACCCGAUGGGGGCCAGUACGUGUGCACAGUUCAGAACCAGUAUGGCAAAGACAAGAUUAUGUUUAACCUUGUAGUCUUGUGUCAUCAUCCACAAGUCCUUCAACCUCAACAAAGAGACAUCCAUGUGUCUGAAGGAGGUAAAGUUGAACUGGAAUGCAAAGUCAAAGGGCAUCCUGUAUCUCGGGUUACAUGGGUCCUCCCUAACUCUGUCCAAAUGACUCCUACCUCAGCUCCUGUACCCUCUGGGCAGCGGGUGGUUGUAGAUAAUAUUGGAACUCUUCGUAUCAGCCAAGCCAUUUUCACUGACAGUGGGAUUUACAGAUGCCUGAGCAGCAGUGCAGCUGGAGCUGACACUGUGUCAGUGGGACUUCAUGUCUCACCAAAGCCCCGUUUGAUUCAGCAGAGUCAAGAUGAAAACAUUAUUCUUCCAGAAGGCAGUGCUGCUCACAUUAACUGCACUGCCACAAGGGCCUCUCUGCCCGUCAUUCGCUGGAUCACACCUGAUGGCACACACCUCACUGCUCCUCAGCUACAUAAUGGAAGGAGCCUUAUUGUCUUUCAGAAUGGAACACUCCACAUACAGAGACUGAGCCCCAAGAAUUCUGGGAGAUAUGUGUGCAUAGCCAGUAAUGCAGUAGCAUCAAGCAGAAGAACGGUAACGUUAAGUGUCAGAAGUAAACCUUUGUCUGCUAAAGCCACAAUUACAUCUUCAUCUCCCCAGAAAACAGAUGUGAUCUAUGGAAGUAAGCUGCUUCUGAACUGUGUGGCCACAGGUGAUCCAGAGCCCAGAAUCAUCUGGAGAACACCAUCUAAAAAGCUAGUAGAUUCUCAAUUCAGUUUUGACCCUAGGAUCAACGUGUUCCUUAAUGGCAGCAUAAGCAUUCAUUCUGUGACUGACAAGGACAGAGGUGGCUACCUGUGCGUAGCCCGUAACAAGAUGGGUAAUGACUAUGUUCAGGUGAAGGUCAACGUCCUGACCAAACCAGCAAAGAUUGAGCAGAAGCUGAAGAAAUCCAGUCAGGAGAUAGUGCAAGGCCAAGACCUGAAGUUGGAUUGUGUGGCAUCUGGCCUACCCAGCCCUGAGAUUAGCUGGGCACUACCAGAUGGAACUAUGAUCAACCCAGUCAAGCAGAAAACAGGAGUCAGUGUGGGACGCAGUCGCAGGUAUGUGGUGUUUAAUAAUGGAACGCUGUACUUUAAUGAUGUUGGCUUGCCAGAAGAAGGUGACUACAUCUGCUAUGCACAGAACCAACUUGGCAAAGACGAGAUGAAGGUGAGAGUCAGGGUAAAGGGUGGCACAUCCCCACCCCAUAUCCAGUAUAAAGAUCAAAGUACUAUCAGAGUUCUCUCCGGUGAGACAGCAACACUGCAGUGCAAUGCCAUGGGUGACCCAUUACCUGUCAUCACUUGGAUGUCCUCCAAAAACAGACUAAUUUCCCCUGACUUAGACAAAUACAAGGUUCGUAAAGAUGGAACGCUGGUUGUUCAAAAGGUUCAACAAUUUGAUGGAGGUAACUACACCUGUAUGGCUAGGAACAGUUUUGGUCAAGACAAUAAAGUUACCAGAGUGGAAGUUUUGGCAGCUCCUCUAGUUAUCAAUGGUCUAAGAGGAGUUUCCAAUACCAUCAACGUGACUGUGGUUCAGGGUGAGCGGAAACUGGUGGACUGUGAGACAAAGGGAACCUCUUUAUCUCAUCACAUGUGGAUUCUGCCAGGGAAUGUAAUCCUUCCUGUAUCAUACCAAAGUAAUCAUAUGAGAGUUCAUCAGAAUGGUACUCUGGAAAUACGAUCAGCCAAAAAGACAGACUCGGGACAGAUGGUUUGUGUUGCUAGUAAUGAAGGAGAUGAGGCCAGAAUGUUGGUCAACUUGGAUGUCAUUGAAACAGUUGAAAGACCACAAAUUAAAUCUCCAAAAGCAGAAAACCUUUCACUGAGAAUGGGAAAUACAGUGACUCUGAACUGUUCAAUCGAUGACUUUAAGUUGGCUCAUCUUACUUGGAUCUUACCCAACGGCACACUUCUGCACACGGGUGUUCGGAUUUCAAAGUUUUUUCACCAGCUUGAUGGUUCUUUGAUCAUCAGCAACCCGUCUGUUGCUGAGGCUGGUGUGUACCGCUGUGUGGGGAAUAAUUAUGCCAGACAUAUUGAGAGUACAAUUACAUUGUCCUCAGGGAGAAAGCCACAGAUCCUGAACACAUACAUCUCCCCUGUCAGCAUCAUGGAUGGUGAAACACUUUUCCUUCAUUGUCAAACCACUGGUGAGCCACUCAGACUGACAUGGACCCUACCCAGUGGGGUUUUUCUUAACAGGCUGCAAAAAGCUGGACGGUAUUCUAUACUGCACAAUGGCACAAUUGUCAUUCGACAAGCGUCAGUCUAUGACCGAGGGUCUUAUGUUUGCAGAGUUGCUAAUGAAUAUGGCAGCUCUUUGCUUUCAGUCUCAGUAAACAUCAUUACAAAUCAACCCAGAAUCACCAGUGGCCCUCCCUCUGUGACUUAUGCCAAACAUGGAGUUGCUGUUCAGUUGAACUGUGCAGCCACUGGGAUCCCUAAAGCAGAAGUGGCUUGGGAAACACCUGAUAAAACCCGCAUGGUUGUAAGUGCACAGCCACGCCUUUUUGGAAACAAGUAUCUCCAUCCAAAAGGCUCCCUGAUAAUUCAGAAUCCAACCCAACGGGAUUCUGGAGUUUAUCGAUGCACUGCCAGGAAUCCUGCUGGUGUAGACUCUAAAACAACUUUUCUGAAUGUGUUCUAAAGAAUUUUAAUUUCCAUGAAUUCCCUAAGCCAUAAUCUAUGCCCAAGCAACUGCCCAAUUAAAGAGACAAUGUUGGAACACAAUUAAGGCUGCUGUUAAUAAUAAAAUCAGCCACCCUAACUUUAACAUACAAUGGUACCUUAAUCGUGUGCUGACAUAGAGGCCUAAAGCUAAGAUUAUGUGCACCCUACUUGAUUUGUGUCUGCUAUUUUGUGAAAAAUCUUUGUAAAAAACAUAAUUGCUCAGGUAAUUUAGAAUAAGAAAACUUCUGUACAGGUUAUGUAUUGUAUAGUGGUCACUAAUAGUCUUAAUCACCUCUGUAGUAUAUUUAACUUUUCCAAUUUUAUCACUAUUUGAGAUGGAAAUAAAUUAUUUAGGAGAAAAGUCUUUUUAUUUACAUUUACAUUUAUUAUAAUGAAAUUAGGAUAUAAGGUUGCCAUCCGACCAGUCAGAAUUUUAUUUAAUCACAAGCUUCUCAAAAGCAGCAUAUUAAAGCAGACAAUUACAUAGCUCCCAUUUAUGGAAUUUAGAAAUAUUUUGCAACAAAACCUACAUUUAUUUUUAUGAGCUGCUUUUACCAGUGAGCGAAUAUUUCUAAUAAUUAUCCCAAUUACCUAAUGAAAGCAAGCCCACAGUAAGGUUUCCCAAAUUCAUCUACAAUCUAAUCUGUUACAUAUUGUUAGAUCUGGAUGGAAACCUGACAUUCUAAGAAUUACCUGUAAUUUUUUUUAAAUAAACAAUGUUGAAUUGUAUACAUAAAUAAAAGGGUAAAGGGCAUAUAUCAACACUUUUAAUACCUUUCAAUAUUAUUACUGUUUGGGUUUGUUGCUUAUUAUAGUUAUGUUCAUUUUCAUGGCAUAAAUCAAGCAAUAUAUAGAAAAAGUAGUG